UGUACGUGAAAAAUCACGUUUCUAAAAUUUCUUACCUGGAAUGGAAUAUUGUACAUUUCGUGACACUUUCUAGAAAGAUGUGUCUCUGCAAUUUGUGUUUUUGACUUGAUGCACAAGCGCAAUCCUACGAGGGAUAGAAUCCCCAAAAGGCCUCGUCAGCCUAGGGCAAGGCAGCAGUCCACAUCCCUUGCUGGUCUUUUGCCUAUUCCAGAACAGCUCCUUCCAGGCCUAUCGCAGGGAUUGGCUCCUACACAGAUACAACCGCCAACUCACCCAAAAAACAGGAAUGUUAGUGUUAUAAAGAGGAAGAAAUCGUCCGAAUGUGCAUCAGCAUUGAAGCACAAUGACGAAUUGGAUCGGAUUAGGAGCAAUGUCUUGAUACCGAAUCCACCAAUGGAAGACUUGAGAGGAUCAGGAAUGCCAAUUACUCCGAUACAGAAUUUUGGAAGCUCCCACAGUUUGAAUCCAUCUAUUGGUAUGAAUCCUAACAUGGGAAAUCCGCUGGUUCCUCCGCCGCUUGAUUUUAUGAUGAAUCAACACAUAGGUACUGGAACAAGUUUGGGUAACCAUAUGGCAAAUCCGUUUGAUAAUGGCUUGCCAAAGCCUCCUCAUGGAACAAUGCCAAAUCCAUUAUUUCCAUUUCAAAUUGCUAACACGCCUCAAAUUCUCCAAUAUGCGAAUACCGUCCAAGAUUUUAUGGAUGAUAAGGGACCAUUGUUUCCGCCAAAAAACAUUGAAACGGGCAAGAAAAGAUUUUUAUUUUCGAAGCACGUAAAAAUGGGCACCAAUGGAUUUCUAAAUUUGCCAGGACUAAACAGACUAAAGGGAAGAAUAAAACGGUUGUCCCAUGUACUGGAUUCUACCACCAAAGCGUUGGCAAAGGUAAGAUUUGCUCUACCAUCAAUAUUCAGGAUGAGGUAUAAAUACACAUUAAAACCUUUUGAGGACGCUUUUUUGUCCAAUGUGGAAUUAGUCUAUAGAUUUAUUUUGUUUAUUCAUCUAAUAAAGGGAUUUAGAGAAUCGGUCCCCUUUGAUUUAUCCAAAGAUUCAGAUUUUGAUGAAAAUAAAGAACCAACUUUAAGAGACAAGACAAUAUUAAGUUUUUGUAAUGAUAGUACCGAUUGUUCACUUGUUGAUGUUGGUGCGAAUAAUGGUUGUAAUUUCAAUAAUAGAUGGGUAAUCCUAAAGUGGAACACAGCACCAUCUAUAACAUAUUUAAAGUAUUUUCUAGAUCAUUUUGAUUAUGGAAAAGGUGGGAGUAAACGACUCGUUUUCAUAAGAAUGAUAAAUGUUGAUAUAAUUGCCGAGAAUAUAGAAUUGAUAAAGGAACUUUCUAGAUCAGAUGAGGGAAUAGAAGAACAAUUUCUGCAAAUGCUUUGUUAUUACUGCAUUGUUUGCAACGAUGAGUCUUAUAUAACAUUCAUUUCUUCAAUUUUGCCCUCCUUGUCCAGAAGCCAAUCUGUUUGUUUUUAUGAGAAUAUUGCUAACUUAUUGGAUAAAACAAAGUGUAAUCUGCAAACUAGGUAUUUAGAGUGCUUUAUAGAGAGAAUACUCCCAAUUUGUCUCUCUCAUGACUCUGAACAUUGGAGGCACGUUAUAAGAGGAGUUGUGAAUAUUCUCAACCCUCUAAGACUUGGAACGAGAAAAAAGUAUACCGCAUGUGCCGUAACUUUGUUAAGGUCUUUAAAGAGUUACUGUGAAAACUUUGUUAAAUGUGAAUUAACAACGUGUGUUGUAUUUCACGCUUGCUUAAAAUAUAUUUUACAGUCGAGCGAUGAUUCUUGUAUAUUGAUAAGGGGUGAAGCAGCUGAUUUAGCCAUUCAAAUAUGGCUUAAUGAGGAUGGAAAAAGGCAUGUUUUGGGAUCUCUAGGUUAUGAUUCAGUUAGAAUAUUGGGUGCAAUUUCUGGAAUUCAAUCUGUUAAAUUGAACAUAUGGUCAGAUUUGUUGAAAAAUUACACAACUUUUAGUAUAUCUAGGAAUUCUGAUUUAUUCUGUAUGAGGAAUGAAAAUUUGUUAUUUAUAAUAUUAUCUAAUUCUGAAGAUAUUUUUUCAGUUUUGCAAUUUUUGGAAUACAAGGAAGCCUCUAGGAUAUGCGAAAUAUUGAAUACAACAAAGCUAAAUUAUCAUGCUUUGUUUUGGUUCAUGAACAAGUACUUGAGGGCUACAAAAACAUCCUUAGCUCUGGAAAAAAUAUCGACUAUCAUAAGGUUCGCAUUUUUGUGCUUUCCAGCUUUCAUUAGGUUGCACUAUGAGGGCUUAAAGGGAGUGGACAGUUCUUAUUCCAUGAACAAAUUUCUCAAUGGAACGACUGUACUUGGUCCAUUUGUAAACUGGAUGUUGACUAUGGCUACAAAUACCGGGAAUGUCGGUGCGUGUCUAGAGAUCGCAAACAUAAAGAUAUCCAUUUUCAUAGACUGGCUAUUCUACUGCCAUAAAUUCAACUCAAUUCUUUUGAAACAUACUAACCGUUCUGGUCUUGUAAAGGUGACAAUGUCUACAUCCUCUAAUGCCAAUUUUCUUCUAAACUGUUAUCUAAACUCUAGGCCUAUAAUCCAAAAUUUGGUAAGGUCCUUGAAUCUGCCUUUUGUUGCUACUAUUGUUGAGGAACAAAAUAGUAGCGGCACCGAAGAUGCUACAAUGUCUACCUUCACUGAUAUAUUAGGAGUUAUAUUGGACAGUACUAGACAUUUUAAGAAAAGCGGUUGCGCUCGUAUUGAUAAAGAUAAUGGAUUUAGUAUCGUUGAAAAGUAUGAUGGAGAAGAAACUAGAAGACUUUGGGCCUUAUUACAAGCUGAUAAUCCUCUAACAAUACUUGCAGCAUCUGAACUGUUAGUUUUCUCAUUUAACAGUAACGUAGAGUUUGGAAGACUUUUGAUUGAUUAUCUUUUGCAUUCAAUUUGGAAUUAUUGUCCAGAUAAGGUUGCUGUUUUGUCUCUCGGUGUAAUAUCUUCGAUUGUAGCUUGCUCUUUGCUGGUUCUAAUUUUAAAUAAGUCUAGAGUAAAUACUUUACAGUCACUGAUCAAAGAAUUGAAAAGAACGAUUUUGGGAAAGCUCUGUUUGAUAUAUAACAUAGGUUUGGAAUAUUUGCACAUUAAAAUUAUGCGUAUUCCAUUUGAAUAUGUGAAUGAUUUCAAAAGUAUUUCGGCUAGUACUAGCUUUGAAGUGCUUACCCUUUCGCAGGAGUUACAUGGAACAUCUUACGCAAAAGUUUGUUCAAUUACAGACAAAAAAGACCAAUUUUGCUAUGAGAAUUUACUAAAGUAUGUAAUUUUCCAGUCAUUUUCACUGACUUUAGAGUUUUAUAUGAAUUUUGAAUACUUUAUGAUAAAUGGUCCGGCAAAUGGUACCUUUAUUGGAAAGGCUCCCAUACCUAGUUUCAUAACAAAUGACAUUGAUAAUGAACCAGAAGAACACAAAAUCAUAAGAUUAAUUUUGGAACUAUCAUACCCAUCGAGUGAAUCCUCAGUUGAAAGGCUAUUGCACCAUUUAAACACCAAACUCGAUGAUUCUGUCUUUCCAAAUUACAUACUGCAAUGUAGUGACAGGGAAUAUGAUGCGGAAAAUAUUAACCCUGCGGAAACUGAUUCUGAGCGAGCAAAGAAACUGGAUACAAAGUCAGAUGACGAAUUGACCAUAAUAAAUUCUAUAAGGUGUUCCUUCAGGUCUCCUCAAAGACCAGGUGAAGAUUUGGACACUUGUUCUCAAUAUAUGAUUGGUUUCACCAUGGAUGUUAUAGCAACUCUCUUGACACUCUGUACUCUUGAUAACUGUGCACAUAAUUAUUGUAAUACCAGACGAGAUUCUUUGUUUUCACUUGCCUACCUUGAUAGCAACUUGCUUAUAGAUACUUUGUCAAACGUGUUUGCACAGGUUUCUAUGGAAAAUGACAAAUUCUGCUGGGAGCUAUUAUACUAUAUAGUAUCAACAUCUGCUGCAUUUGAGAAUCACAAAUAUGGAUGUAAAGGGACACUAUCACAAGCAUUAGAAAGAUUUUGCAAGUAUAGAGGUUUAGGUAACGAAAAUGCCUGUGAUGGUACAUUUCUAUUUAAAAAGGCUAACAUCAUGACAAAAGUAUUUCUGAGCUCUCUUUCUCGUAUCUCAGAAAUGAAACGUCAGCCCAUAAAUGAUUUGCUGAAUGCAAUACUCGAAAGAUGUAUAGAACGAUCUAUUGACUAUGAAAAUGCCAACGGGGAGGCACAAUUGGGGAAUUUUAGCUCAAGUGUGGAAAAGCUAAUGCCAAUUAGAUUGGUUCUGGAGAUUAUCAUUCACAGUAACAUUUUAUGGCCACACUUUAGAGCCUUUCCAUCCAUAUUGAUGACUCUGCUAAAAGUAUCCCCAGUAUCUACUUUAGCAUCGUUUUUGUCCUCAUUUUCCUUCCUUCAUACUUCAAAUUGUUACUAUCUAUUGGGUUCCUCCAAAAAUUCUCACUUUAAUCCAUUUAAACACAUGGAAAACUUGUCAACGGCUGGAGACGUUGAAAAUAGUGAUAGAGCAAACAAGGAUUUAGAGGAAUAUGUUAGAUAUAUACUCUUGAAAAAUACAGAUGUUUGUGCUAUGAAUUUUAGAAGGUAUUUUAUAUCAUGGCAGUUAUUAAUACGAAUGUAUGAGUUGGAGUAUUGCACGAAAAAGAUGCAUAUGAUAUUGAGAACUGAUCGGGGUUUUUUAAAAAAUUUUACAACUGGGAUAAUUUCUUUUGAUCAACUAGACGACAUGGAAUAUCUUUCAGGGGAUUCUUUGCAUAGCACAUCUAACUAUGAACAAAUUAUGGAUGAAGACUGUUGCAUAUGUUAUAUCGGCUCUUCCAACACGCGAUCGAAUUUCAUGAUUUUUUCAGAGGGCUACACAUUUUCCACUCCAUAUGACAUAUUUUCUAGUACGAAUCUACAUAUAUUGUCUAGGAUACUCCUGGAUAUUGUCAAUAUGAAAAACACACGACUAACCCAAGUUGCCAUAUUUUCGUUAUUUCCAGUUUUCAUAGCUUCUGCUCCAACUGAACCUGUUUUGCAUCAUGUACUACUUUCCUUCAAUUAUCUAGACCUGGAUCGCAACUCUAAAGCAGCGAUUUUAUUCAUGAAAUAUAUUCUACUCACUGUUAUUUUAAACUGGUUUUACCGAUAUUCGAUCACAUUCUACUAUUUUACGUCCACAUCCUUUAUUGAUGGGAAACACAAGUUGGUUUUGGACACGGAUUUUGUUUCUAGAUACGUUGAUAGGUACUGCGGAGAUGGGUCUGCUGUUGAAUUUAGCUUCAACUACACCACGUCUAAAAUACCCCUGGAGUUUGUGCAGACUUUUCUCCAUAUUUUUAAUUAG